GCGCCUUCCACCGCCGAAGGGCCUCUCACCAUGGGCCAGGCCAACUCCCGAGCUGGAGGCUCUUCUCCGCCCGAGGAGCCGCGCACAUCUCGCCGUCGCAGCUUCCGGCCGUCCUCGUGGGCGCCUGCCAGCAGCGACCGCAGCGACCGCAGCGACCGCAGCGACAACGCGCCCGAGCUGUUGCACGCAGCGCCGCCUGCUAUCUCGGCGCCCUCGCCCUCGCGCCGCCUCUCUCAGCGCAUAAAUCCGUUCUACCGCUACUCGUCCCAGGCUGCGCAGGCACACGAUGCUGGCUCAUCGCCCACGCUCGAGCCCACGACGCCUCACGCGCCUCACACGCCCGCUCGCCGGCCACAGUCACGGCUGAUGCGAGCACGCAGCUCUCUCGGAUCUAUCAGCGGCCUCCUGCACAGCCGGCCGUCAGUCAGCCACCGCAACACCGAGCCCGUCCUCAGCCUGACCGCGACGCCGCUCAGCACAGCAAGACCCCGCUCGGCCCUGAGGCAGUCGCAGAGCGAACAUGGGCCCUCGCUGCCACAGGUCCCCUCGAUAGCGGACCUCGAUCUGGACUUUGACAGCCUCCUCGGCUCCGGCUCCGGCCCCAGCACCAGCAGAGACCGCUCCGACUCGGACAGGUCAAGGCCGCCAGCCACGCCGAGCUCGCUGAGACGAGAUGGACGGGCGCUGUCUAUGCUUCCCCGUCUGCGCAACACUCUCGGCUCCUCGCGGAGGCGGCGGUCGAUAUGGCACGAUGACGAGAACAUGGACAGCAUUGAGCGCCUACGCAGAGGCGAGGACCAGGCAGAUGUGCUGUCUCGUUUGCUUUCGCUCGCAGCAGCAGCAACCGCGGCCUCGCUCGUUGGCGAGGAUCACCAGGCCGCGACACGAGACGGCACGUUCGAUACGUUCCUGCAAUCCCUGCAGAAUGGCAGCAUAGCGUCAGCUUUGAGGGGCAACGAGGGCGGUCAAGGCGGCGAGACUCCAGGAGGCGCACCGGCACCCCUGAACUUCUUCAGGAUGUUCAGAUUCGGCACAUCAAACACUAUCGGCAGGACCAGCAGAGAACGAAGUCGCGGCAGCGGCUCUGGGUCAGAUGCCCAGGACGGCGAGGAGGACAGUGAGGGUCGCAUGGUGCCCAUCAUCAUCGUAGGCAUUCGUUCGAUCAACCCGGCAUCCGGCACAGGACAGGACGACGGCAACAUCCCGCCCUUCCUCGACGCCCUCUCCAGCUUCCCCACACCCCCAACAUCGCCCGGCGACAACGACACUGUACUCCGCCCGCAAAACGGUACACGCUUCAGCCACCGCCGACGUGCGUCCAUGGGCGGCUUCAACUUCCCCUCCAACUACGACAGCCAGCGGCAUCACCGAUCACGGCCGCAAGACCAACCGCGCCCCUUCGCGCCAUCCCUCGCCGACUCACCGCCAGGCCCGCAGCCUCCACCCUCGACACCCGCCACAAACGCGGCACUAUCUGCCGAUCCCUCGGGAUCUACCACCCCCACCGCAACAGCCACACCACCGUCCUCCACACCUCAUUCGAACGCACCGUCGCGACGAGGCAGCUUCGUACGCAGAUCACCUGGAUCUACACUAGAGCCGACUGAAGAAGAAGAGCCACAAACAACAACACGAAGCCCCCGCCAGCGUCGUCUGAGCGAGUCAGACUUCACAAGAUAUGGCGCUGGGGCUCCCAGAAGACGAGGCGUCGUCGAGCCGGACAACAACCCGGGCGAGGGCUCAAGGAGCUGGAUCAUCUAUGUGCUAGGUGGCAGCUACCCAGAGAACCACCCAAUACUCACGACACCCAGUCUUUUCACCGACUCACCGACGUACGAGGACAUGAUGCUGCUGUCGUCCAUUCUCGGUCCUGCGAAAGCACCUGUUGCCAGUGAGGGGGACGUGGCCGCCGCACCUGGAUUGUUCAGAAUCGUACGCAAUGUGUCCGGUCUUGUGGCGGAAGAAGUCGAGGGCGAGGAGGCAAUCGAGCUGGCAGCUGACGCACGUUGUCUGGUGUGUCUUUGUGAUUUUGAGGCAGAAGAAGAGGCAAGGAAGCUGGUCAAGUGCGAGCAUCUGUUCCACAAGAUCUGUAUUGACCAGUGGCUAACAACUGGCCGCAACUCCUGCCCGCUCUGCAGGGGGCAGGGUGUCGAUGAAUCGCCAACGUCUGACGUCCCCGAUGCACCUUCACCGCCAUUGUCAACACAAGCGCCAGAAGCCGUCGCGUAGUAUCAGUUGCUCUUCAUGCUGCGAUAUCUUCUCCUUCUUUCGAACAGAUACCUCGGCUGUAUCGUUACGGCCGAACGAUCCAUCUUCCUAUCUUGCAUAUCCUGACGGCCGAUCUUCCACUACACAUCUCGUUUAUCUGGUCUCGGUGGAGCUUACGCCUAUCCCAUCAUAUCUGUCACUCACAGCGCUCGGAGUUUGGGUCUGCUUUACUAGCUGCAGUUGCAGCAUUGGUUUUACUUUAGCAUCUAAGGGUAGGGGUAAGGGUGGCAUCUCUGGGGCGUACAUUUCACACGGAGGGAGGGUAUCUGGAGUUGAAUGGUACCCUGAUCAUCUAGGUAGUCACCCAUAGUAGGCGCAUACGGGUGACGGAUAUGCUGCAUCAUGGCGGCAGUAAUGAGAACAAGAAAUACUUCGGACCCAAUCUCUACCUUCCUUGCUGUUGCAUGCACUUCUUGCCGGGAUGUAACAAAAGCUCGGUGUAACAAAAUAAUUGGACU